AUUAUUUAGACGUUUGGGGUCUAGUGCACUCCAUUCUUCUUCCUCCUCCUCCUCUCGGUUCCAUAGAAAGCUUGAGAGAGAAAAUAGAGAGAGAGAGAGAGAGAGAGAGCUUAGAAUCUUCGAGAAUGCAGAUUCAGACGAGAACAGUUCGAGUUGGGAACAUCUCGGAUCUAGCCGGGGAGAGAGAGGUUCGAGAGUUUUUCUCGUUCUCAGGCGAGAUCGAGCACGUUGAGAUCCGAAGUCGUGAAGUUGGGGCUCUGCGGACCGCAUUUGUUACCUUUAGAGAUCCGAAGGCGCUCGAAAUUGCGUUGUUGCUAUCGGGGGCCACCAUAGUAGAUCAGAUAGUGAGCAUAACUGCUGCAGAAAAUUAUGUCCCACAAGUUGAGCAAGCUGUAACAGGGAACGUUAUGACUCUACCAAGUGUAACUCCUCUGGGGGAUGAUGUGCCUACUGUUGAGGCUAGAAGUAGUCAUGGCAGUGGAAGGAUUUAUGUUAGUAAAGCGCAAGAAGUUGUAAAUAGUAUGAUGGCACGAGGUUCAGCAAUCCGUCAAGAUGCUGUGAACAAAGCCAAAGCAUUUGAUGAGAAGCAUAACCUGACUGCCAAUGCAUCUGCUAAGGUCAUCUCCUUUAAUAAGAGGGUGGGACUUUCUGAGAAGAUAACUGUUGGAAUCACAGUUGUGAAUGAGAAAGUGAGGUCUGUUGAUCAAAGAUUGCAGGUCUCAGAUAAAACAAUGGCUGCCUUGACUGUAGCAGAGCGGAAAUUAAUUGAUACAGGCACAACUGUCAAAACAAACAGGUACGUAACUGCUGGAACAUCUUGGUUAAAUGGUGCAUUUGGCAAGGUAGCAAAGGCUGGUCAAGUGGCUGGUGCAAAAACAAAAGAGAAGUUCCAAUUAGCAGUGACAAACUUGACUGCAAAGGAUUCAGCAAUCGCUGUGUAAAUCAUUAAAUCGGAGGUUCUGGUUUUGUACAAUCAAUUUGUGAAGAGAUUAGUUUGGUGAGGAUUGAAAUAUGGGAUUCACAUUGUUCAGCGGACAACUUAAUCGAGAAGCUGGUGAUGCUGAAAGAAGUGUGCUUAGUUUUGUUUCUACUUUGUUUUGAUUCUCUAUCGAUUCACUUCAUUUGACAUAUUGUAUCUAGUUUCGGUGCUGUGCUUGUACCUCUGUUGUGUUGUAACGCGUAACACAUUAUUUUUGUGACGAGUGAUGAAAUGGAAAGGAUUAGAUGCUUAUAACGUGUGAAGUUUCUCAA